AACGAGUAGGAUGAGCAGGAUGAGGGGGAAGCCGCGGACGCUGCUGCAGCUGGUGCUGUCGCUGGCGCUGCUGGCGAGCAACUGCGUCGGCCAGGAGGACUGGAACUGCGUGCCCUCGUGCAAGUGCAUUUGGGUCUCGGGCAAGAAGACGGCCGAGUGCAAGCGGCAGAACCUCACCGAGAUCCCCGAGUCGCUCUCCAUGGAGAUCCAGCACCUCGACCUCACGGGCAACUUCAUAAGCCACCUGCCCGAGCGAGCCUUCACCCGGGUCAGCCUGGACAACCUGCAGAAGCUCGUGCUGCGCGAGUGCGGCAUCAAGGCGGUGAACGUCGAGGCCUUCAGCGGCCUGCGCAUCGUCAUCGAGAUCGACAUGUCGGCCAACCGCAUCCGGCAGCUGCACCGCGGCACCUUCAACCAGACCGAGCGGCUGCGCGUCCUUCUGCUCAACCAGAACCGCCUCGAGAGGCUCGACGACGAGCUCUUCCACAACCUCAAGUUCCUGCAGAAGGUCGAGCUCUCGGACAACCACCUGAUGCGCGUCGGGCUCUCGACCUUCCACAACCUGCCGGGCCUGCUGACCCUCACCCUCGACGGCAACAACCUCCAGCAUCUGAACCUCAAGAGCUUCGACAACCUGACCAAGCUGAGCAGCCUCGAGCUGCGCAAAAACCCCUGGAACUGCGACUGCCACCUGCAGGAGUUCCGCGACUGGACCCUCAACCGCAAGCUCUACACCCGGCCGACGAGCUGCGAGCAGCCGCAGGCCCUGGCCGGCCGCAUGUGGGACGAGAUCGAGAGCGAGGAGUUCGCCUGCGCGCCCCGCAUCGAAAGCAUCGGCGCGAUGCAGCUUGGCGACGCGGGCUCCGGCCGGGCCCAGCUCUGGUGCCGGGCCCAGGCCAAGCCCCGGCCCCAGAUCAGCUGGGUGCACCGGCAGCGCGUCCUUGGCAACGGGACCAAGCGCCACACGAGCAGCGACAAGUCCUACAUACUGCAGGUCGCCGACGACUGGGCCAACCUCACGAUACCCGAGCUCCUCCUGUCCGACAAGGGCGAGUACAUCUGCAUCGCCAAGAACUUCGGCGGCAGCGUCGAGCGCAACGUCAGCCUUCUCGUGCUCGGCGAGGGCGGCUCCCGGGGCGAGGGCAUGCUCGGGCUGCCCCUGGCCAUCGGCCUCGGCAUCAUCGCCUUCCUCUUCCUGCUCGUCGCGCUGACCUUCUGCCUGUGCUACUGCCGGCGACAGCGCUCGCACCACGACGAGAAGAGCGCCGAGGCCGCCUCUCUGGACCACCACGGUCUCGGCGAGCAGGAGAAGUCCCUCAUCACCGCCAUCAACCCCGUGGUCAAGCCGCCCCGACGGUACGAGGCGCCGUCCGUCACCUCGCACGGCACCGAGAUGACCGAGCUCAAUCGGACUCUGCUCGACAACGAGUCCGUUUUCGCUGACGGAGUUGGCAGCGUGGUUGGCGUCCUAGCGAACGGCCUGAACGACGAGGAACGGGGUCGAGCGACCCCCGAACUGGAGGCAGUAAUGAGCGGCCACAACGUCGCCAACAGCGUCCACGCCACCCCCGGCGGAAACAUGGGUGGUGGCGUCAGCGGUCUCAGCUCGAAUCAAGCGGGCAGCGUCAUCAGCGGCCUGGGUACCUUGUCGCGGAACACGACACCCUACCGGCAGUACCCGCCAGACCUACUGGCCUUUUCCGGUGGCAGGAACUCCUCCCCCACUUCUCAGGCCUCAACGGCGCCGGACAGCUCUCGCCUGCCCAGCCAGCAUCCGCCGCCGCACCAGGUCCAGCUGGGCUUCGGCUCGCCCUCGUCGCCGGUGGCCACCGGCCUCGUGAUCGCGGCCUACACGCCUAUAGGCUUCAAGACGCUGCCGCACCCUGCGCGGGCCAGUUCCGCUACCCCUUACAGCCUCGGCCAUCACCAUCCCUCGAUGGCCAGACACGGAUACGGAACCAUUCCCAGGCGGCCGAGGGCGCCCAGCUGGAGCAGCGGACCGCCCACGUCGCCUACCGAACGAGAAAUCCAGGAGCCGGUGUACGACAAUCUGGGCCUGCGCACGACCGCUGACGGCAGUUCGGCUCUGUCGCUGAACAAAUCUCCGGAACCGAAAGGUUUCUCGAUGCGGGGCCGACCGCUGCCCGCGACGCCCAGCAGUCCCUCGCCCCUGUCGAACGGCCAGCUUACGUUGCCACGAGCACCCCGGGGUCCGCCAGCUCUAGCCCACCUCCAGCUGAACCGCUCGGCGCCUGAGGGCGCGCCCGAGUGGCCCCUCGACCUCGUCGCCGAGCACGAGUCCCAGCCGACCAGCCCGAGCGCGCGCAAGGUGCCGCCUAGGCCGCCCCCGAAACCCAAGAAGAAGAACCCUAAUGGACCCCUUUAUGAAGACGAGGGCGAAGACGGCACAGAGGUAUGAUUAUCGCGAUUGCUCGGCCCGCGGGUAUGAGACGCGGCGCCGAAGUGGCUGUUGAGCCCACUUCUGCGCGAGCUCGUGCAGCCGCUGAUCGCGACAAGUUUAGCGAUUCGCUGAAUGGGACCGCUAGUGCCUUCGAUGGAGAUGCGCGGCAGAGACUGAGGCGAGGAAGCGAGAGGCCAAACGUUUAUGGUGACAUCAACGCGCUGAGCAGACCACGAUCCGGCCCCUCGGCUCCUUUCCAGGGCUUCCAGCACACGCUACGUAAGAUCGACGACGAUGCCGACGACGAUGCCGACGACGACAUCCAAAGACGAGGAGGGGGGACACUCGAUUUUGAGCGCCCGAUAUGCGUAUAUAUAUACCGAUAACCCCGAUGCACACAAACGAACACUGCGAUCAUCUGAGACUAAUGUUAUACAAAUACCUAUGGACACCAUCAUUCUGUUCUGUAUAAGCGGACCCGCGGUUCACGUGAGCGACGUGCGCGUACGCGUGUCCAUGUAUUUAGAGUUAUUGUAUACUGACACCCUCGUAGACAACGAGAACGACCUAUAUAUAUAUAUAUAUAUAUAUAUAUAUAUAUACACACGGUGUAUAUGGACGACGUCUAGAGGUAUGCUUUUUCUGUUUUUUUCCGCGACGUUUUUUCGACGCUCCAAUCGCCAGGGGUAUUUCAUUUAGUCCGCCCUGCGUGCGCUCCAAUCACCCGCUGCGAUCGUCAAAGCCGAGAUCAUAAGGACGACUCUCUUUUUCCGAGCGAUACACUUUUUUAUCAUACGUAUAUAAUGUAUACCGAUCUGAUCACUGCCUGCAAUGACAAUUGUUCCACAAUGUAGGAGAAUCUUUGUUUGUAAGAGGAAAACUGUAUUUGUUCCUGCGAUUUCGACAUUGACGUUCGACGAGGGAAAUUCAACAUUGAUCGAACUUGACUAUAAUCGUGCUUACUGCAUGGACUGUGUCGCGGGAAGAAAAAGCGGCUGAAUGAAAUGCCUCUAAAAAAUUUGCAGUAUGCUAGGAUAUUAUACACGGCUUCACCCUAUCUCUAGUGACGAAAAAAGUGUUCUCGCUCACGUUGUUGGCCGUGACCCUUUUUGCCUAAAAUAACCUAAAAGACAUGAAAGCUCUGACGUGUGCAAGGGAGCGAACGUAAUCAGCAACGCUGACACACACACAUACACACACACACACGAGAGAUUCCAAAAGGAAUAAUAACCAAGUCUCGUGACAACGAUCGAUCAUUCGAGCUGUUUUUCUAUCUUCUAUUUCCACACGCGUCGGCACUGCAUACGAGAUUUUUGCUGCAUGAAAUGAAAUAAAAAAAACAAGAGCAACGAAGCAUCCGUGAAUCCGAAAUCAAUUUUCCGCUAAUACUUUGUUUGCGCUCGUGACGCGUGUGCUCGGUUGAAAUGGAAAAAAUAUGAAAAAAAAAUACGUCCUCCCCCUUUUUUGUCGAUCCCUUUUGCUCGCCGUUGGUGUACACACGAAAACAUAUAUACAUUAUAUACAUGAACAAUUGAACAAACAAGACAUUAUUAUACAUGUGCAUAGCGAUUAAGUGCGUGAAAUGUUCGAUACGGCCUGCGCGAGCGCCGAUCCUACGAAUAUUUUCGGUCCGUUCAUUUUUUCGCAUGUGAAAAUUAUUAUUGUAAUUUAUUAUUAUGAUUAGCGCUAACGUGCGUAUGCGUUAGGUUUAAAUGCGUAAUUUUUAAAACCGCAGCGACACGAUGAAACGAGAAUUGAGCAUCUGGUGCGCGAACGAACAUUGACAUUGAGUGGGCUACGAAGAUAUUGGAUAUUAUAUGCGUUACAGAUUUUUUUACUAACUUUCAUUUUUUCAAAGUAGCUAGUAUAAUUAAGGCGGCAUAGGGACAUUUUUUAUAGAGAUUUUUUACGCGCGAAAAUCGUUUACAAGUUUUACUAUUGAUUUAGGUAUUGCAAUCUAUUUUUUUAAUUUUUUUUGUAUGAUUUUUUUUUUGCUUGUUUUUUUACAGUUUUUCGAUUGCUUCCCUUUUUGCGAAUAACAGAUAAAAAACUUUCAAACAAAUACUAGACUGAAUAAUUCAUCCCUCUUUCUAGAUAAUUAAUGUAUAAAUCUAAUUAGUGUUUUCAUUCUAGAUCAGUAAUAAAUACCUCUAUUCAAGACUUUCCAAUAAUUGAAUGCAUUGCUUUCUACUAUUUCGUCGUACUGUUGUCUUAUUGCGGAGGAAGCAAUUCAAUAUUAAAGUUCAAAAUAAAUAUUUCAAAAAGAGACAUUUAAUAAUUCAUGCAACGUAGCGUAUAAUCAAUUAAAGCGAUUGAAAAACUCGAUUCUUUCUAAAGUGCAAAAUGAAAUAAAGAUAAUAAAAUAACGCGGACACUUAGUAACCAGCCCAAUAAAGCUCGAUCUGCAACAGUAAUAACAUUUUACUGUACUGCUGUUCUACUGUAUUCGCAAAAAGUGUUAUUGGAAUCGGGGUCGAAGCACCAAAUCGAAUCACCAACAAAAAGAAAUAUUGAUCCUUACUGUACUGGAUCGUUGCUUCCUUACUCAAGACUAUACUUUGGUCUUUCCAACGUAUUCUUCUAUUUUUAGUUUCUUGCGAUCGAGACUAUUAAUAUUUUCAUCGCGAGUAUUUCCUACAAUAUCUAGUAUGAGAAGAAAUUUAUAAUGCAGUAUUCUAGAAUAUUAUUAGACAAAUAAUACAUGCAUUUGUGUAUAUUUGAUCAUUUCCUGAUUAAAAAUUGCCGUUAUACUAUUGCAUAAUGUUCAACGACUCUUCAAAGAAUCAAAUUUGUUACUAUCGAAAAGUACAUGCAUAUUUUUUUUUACACUUAUAAUAUUUGAAUUAAUUUAUACUAUUGACCAUUAUCGAUACUCUUCAAUUGACUAUUGUCUGUAAAACUAAGGCUGAUUUUUUACUAUUGUAUUAUUGUAUCAACUUGAAACAUCACAAAUCGCGAAAAUAUUCUAUUACAUUCUAUUCAUCAUAUGUGAUUGUUAGACGCACUUGUCUCUAAAUAAGUAAAUAGUGGUGUCCAUUUUUUAAAAUAAAUUAUGUGUUAAUAUAGUGGAGAAAUAUUAAGAUUGUAUAGAUUUCAAAAUGUAUAAUAUAUUUAAUACUAUAUUAUAACAUUUUAAAGUUUAUAAUACUGACAAUAUGUCAAUAUUAUCAAAAACUUAUUAUGAGAUUCUUUCGGUUGUACGCGCCAUCGUUGUAGUACAUACAAUGAUUAGAUUCAACGUGAAACUGCCGAAAAUCGCUGUAACCGUAAAAAUCUUAAUAGUAUAAGGAAAGAACAAACAAAUUUUUUAUCUUACAUUUAUUUGAACCAAAAAUGGGCAUAUACAUCAUAUUUAUUGAGUGCAAUCGCGUGAACAUGACUAUUAAUUUGUUGUCUACUCUUGUAAAGUUUUUUCAUAAAUUUUUUGUAUUACAUAUUGUCUAGAAAGCUGUCAAUGGUUAUGCCAUCAAGCACAGAUGUAAAACUUUGAUUCUUGUACAAGAAAACAACGAGUAUCCUAUAACUGAACUCUAUUUCCACAGAAAUUGCUCAGUCGUAACUUCGCGAAAAAGAAUGGGAAAGGUAAACUUCAAAAAUACGCGAACCUUUUAUAGUAAAAAGAGUGGAAAAAAAAUUAAAAAAAAAAGAAAUUCGAGAGUCAGUCUCAGGAUUCAGCAGGAGAAAUAAAAUUUUUCCGGGCUCUCCGCGAAAUAAAAUGUAAGACGAGAGAGGCCUGAGCUGUAUACGCGGUCUACGUGUAUAGAGAGGCGAAGGUGCCGGCGUCGGAGGAAAAGCAGUUGCUUAUCGAAAAAGUAGUUUCGUUUCGACGAAGCCAAAGGCGGCGGCUGCGCACCUGUAAAACUUUUCACCCGGACGCGCACCACCGAUGCGCGCAUACAUACAUAUAAAUAUAUACACGACGCCGGAGAAAGAGAGUGGCGGGAAAAAGGGAAGGAAAACAACACGAGUGCAGCCAUUUUUCGUAGCCCAUUUCGCCCUGAAAAAGAAAGACGGAAGGGAGCUCUAUAAGACUUUGUCGAACGGCCGAGUUCGCGUCGAGCUGCACAAUAUUCUAUUGGGUAUUCUUUUUUAUGAAAAAAAAAAUAUAUAUAUAUAUAUAUAUAUAUAUAUAUAUAUAGAGAGAGAGAGAGAGAGAGAGAGAGAGAGAGAGAGAGAGAGAGAGAGUUAUACACACACUAACAUAUACAUACAAAUACACGUAUACACCGUAAACACAUUUCCUCUUGCUCCGCGAUCGCGUGCGCGCGCGAGCGCAUUCGCUGGGCCAAUCCUACCGCUGAUCGUAUUAAAACAAGAAAACAAUAUAUUGAGAAAUAAAUUAUGUUAUAUAAAUAUACAAAUAUAAAUAUUAAAUCAUAACGGAUAACGAGGUAUGAUACGACAAAGAAUGAUGAUAAGGGAUAUGAAAAUAGAGAAGCCGAAGAGAGCGCUUCGGAUACCGGACGAGUCUUGUAAGAUAUAGACGUGAAUGCAACCCUUAUUUAAAUAUAAAAGAUAGAAAACAUAUAGCCGUUAAGAUGUUUCAGCACUGAGAAAUGAAUUUAUCUAUUACGCGUGCACCUUUUGAAUUAUACAAUUUUCUUUGUUUCCAAAACCAGCACUAAGUGUAUAUAAAAAAAACAUCAUGACUUUCUCGAACAGCUGCGAACUAAUCUAAUUUUUAAAGAAAAAUAUAUAAGGUGUAUAUACACAAAAAAAUUAGCUGUCAGUAUAAAAAAUAACGUAUAUGAUGAAAGAACUGUUAGCCAUAUAGUUCAUUCUGCAGAGAUGAAUUCUUUUCUCAGUGUACCCGAGUCUUUAAUGUAUCGCGUUGAUAAAACUGCGGAGCGUUAUUCUAUAUAGGUUAUUCUUGAAGAAUAUAUUGCGAUUGCAAAUUGUACGUCGUAUAAGAGGCGAAUCGAUACCUCGAACCAGUGUGAGCGUUGAUAAAUGCGUUUUAAAUGUGUACAUGUAUCAUCAAUCAAGCCAUUGUUGACAUUACUAUUAUUAUUAUUAUUAUUAUUAUUGUAUACCGCUCUGCUAUAUAACUAUUAUUGCUAUCAUUGUCGUUAUUUAGCGUAUACUAUAUACACCCAUUACUAUUAAUUUUACAUUGAUACAUGAUUUCUAUUACAUUAUAAUAUUUUUAAGAAUUGCUAUAUUGCGUAAGUUGUACGUUAUGAUUUUCACUGUUUAUUGUAACCACUUUCAUCGUCGUCUCCUCGAUCGUUCAUGUCGAGUGAAAAAUAUCUUGUCGGUUUGUAAUGAUUCUGUAUAAGACUAUUUUCUUAACUCGUUCUCUUGUAAGCGACGUUCUUUUAAGCGAUGUGAAUUUUACAAAAUGUUUAUGACGAAACUGCUUUUUCUCGCAUUUCUCAGCCGCGGCGAGGGGCUUGGAGUUUCGCAAUGAGCGCGUGCACUUUUUACGAGAAUUUCAAGAGCAAAAGAGAACGUUCUCCUCUACGAGGAAGGAAAAUGCGCUAUUUGCAUGUUGCAAACUGACUGUUGCUUUUGAAAGCGGCGCUGGCACUCUUUUUCGCGAUCAAAUAAAAAGGGGAAAAGGUUGUUUUUCACUCGGACAACCUGGACGUAAAGUACACAUGGAUUUGUUUUUUUUUCUCGUCAUAUUUUUCAUCGUGCAUCAUUGAAAAAAGGGCGGUUUGUGAAAAAAUAGAGUUUGUAAAAGAAUGACGAGGCGAUGAGCCGAGUGGAGUCACGAAAUCGCGAGCGUAUUGUAGGGAAGACGAAUGUACAUAGAAGCGUGUGUAUGAUACAAAGAAAUGAAAAAGAAACUUUAGAAUGUAUAAAAACGCGCGCGACAAGUUUUACUUUUCCUUUCAAGGAGUAUAUGAUAUAUAUACAUAGGAUUGUAUUAAGAUGAAAAGAGUAUAAUACGCGUCUUCUGCCCUUUCAACGAAAGGCCUAGAAGCUACGAGAACAAAACUUUGUAUACUGUGUAAAAAGAGAAUAUAAGAAUUAUAAAGUGACUAACAAAUAAAAGGAAGUGAAGAAACGUUAAAA